GCUCGUCCAUUUGAAGGGGCUUCGCCAGAGUUUUAUUGGGUGCUUUGGUGGUUAAGAUUGUCUUCCAGGACUUAGGACAUCAUGUCUGACGCAGUGAUCAGCUUUAUGAAGGAUUUCUUGGCCGGUGGUGUGGCCGCUGCCGUCUCCAAGACAGCUGUGGCUCCCAUCGAAAGAGUCAAACUGUUACUGCAGGUCCAGCAUGCCAGCAAACAGAUCACAGUUGAGACACAGUACAAAGGAAUCAUCGACUGCGUAGUGAGAAUUCCCAAAGAGCAGGGCUUUGUGUCUUUCUGGAGAGGCAAUCUUGCCAAUGUCAUCAGAUACUUCCCCACACAAGCCCUCAACUUUGCCUUCAAGGACAAGUACAAGAAGAUUUUCCUUGGAGGCGUGGACCAGAAAACCCAAUUCUGGCGUUACUUUGCAGGUAAUCUGGCUUCUGGUGGCGCGGCUGGUGCCACAUCCCUGUGCUUUGUCUACCCUCUUGACUUCGCCAGAACAAGGCUUGCUGCUGACAUUGGCAAAGGCGCAGCACAAAGAGAGUUCAACGGUCUUGGAAACUGCCUUUCCAAGACGUUCAAGUCUGAUGGUAUUAAGGGUCUUUAUCUUGGCUUCAACGUGUCUGUCCAGGGCAUUAUUAUCUACAGAGCUGCUUACUUCGGUGUCUACGAUACAGCUAAAGGUAUGCUGCCCGACCCCAAAAACACACACAUUGUCAUUAGCUGGAUGAUCGCCCAGACUGUCACAGCUGCUGCAGGAAUCAUUUCAUAUCCCUUUGACACCGUCAGACGUCGUAUGAUGAUGCAGUCCGGACGCAAAGGAGCUGACAUCAUGUAUAAGGGCACAAUUGACUGCUGGAAAAAGAUCAUCAAAGAUGAGGGCCCCAAAGCCUUCUUCAAGGGCGCUUGGUCCAAUGUGCUCAGAGGCAUGGGCGGCGCUUUUGUGCUGGUCCUGUAUGACGAGAUCAAGAAGUAUACAUAAACAUUCUCAUUCAUCUUGUCCUUAUACCAAAGGAAACCCUUUGUGAGCUGUGUAUGUCUUAACUGUAUGUAGUGAAAUCAACCAGGGAGAAGUGGAGGAAGAGUGUACUUAGCCAAGCUGGCCAUGGGGUGGGUUGUGAUCGAAUGUUAGUACAAGACCACCGUACCGUCCACCCCGAAAAUUGUAAAUAUAUUUAAAUUUAAUCCACUGGCUCUCAGUUUAGAUGACUUACAGUCUGGUCAGACUGAAAGUGAUUUUACCUUCAUUUAUUCUCUUAAAUCCCUUACUAAUAAUAUUAUUAUGUAAGUUUACAUGUUCUACGGUGGCUCUUUUCUUCUGUGGCUAGCUGAACACAUUUACUCAACGACUGAAGCAAAUGGCUGUACACUGGAAGACUGACUGUUCAUGUGGUGUGUUCCGCCUUUUGUGUUCUUUUAAUAAGAAUAAAAAAAUCUUGUUUGG